AACAUGAAUUCAGAUUCAGAGACCAACAAGCCCGAUGGCGGUGGUCAUUAACUGAAAGUUUUCAAAGUGGGAAAAGAAGGACAUUACUUGCGCGUUGUACUAACAAGAGAUACCUCUAGUGAUUCGUCUUUGUUGUUUCAUCAACUUUGCAUAUAGUCAGCGUUUAACACGAUCUAGGCCAGUUUGAUCAUCAGCUAGAUAGCUAGCGCUAGCUAAUCUUGCCUGCAAAGAUGGUUUGUUCGCUAGCUAACGGCUAGCAUACUUUACCGGCAGUUAUCAUUAACAAGUUACAUGUAGCCGUUAAGUCAGCUUAGGUAUAACCUUUACCUAAAUGUUGUAUAAAGAUAACCCUGUGUAAAUAGUCAUCUGGACUUCACAAAUCCGUCAACAAGAUGUGUCGCAUACUACGCUACUGUGUCAGUCACUGCCUACAUGCUGCUAUGACCCGACUGGAUGAGGUCAAUGGAGAGGUGAACAUGUGGUCUUCAGUCCGGUGGUUGGGAUACCUGUCCGGCCUAAACCUCCUGGUGGCCUUGUGCCUGGGGCUCUACGUCAGAUGGGAAAAGAGUGCGGAAUCCACCAUCCUUGUCAUUUUAGUUUUGGCGUUGUUAGUCCUCGGGAUAGCAAGUAUAUUGUACUACUUCUUCAACAUGGAGGCAGUCAGCCUGAGCCUUCUUCACCUAUGUUUUGGAUUCCUCCUGGGCUUACUGUGCUUCAUCAACAGUAAGGACCUGGAGAAUGACGUCAAAGAGCAAGCGACCAACUAUCUGUUGCUAGCCAGUCUUGGGAUAAGGACGCUCUGGGCUCUGCUGGAAAGGCUGUGCGGUUGCACUAGGUACCGUCCUGCCUUUCUCACCUCGGCGGAGUUCCUGGAGCUGGUGGGAUUUGCCGCAGCCAGCGUCGUCCUGCCCAUCCAGAAGUCCACGAGUGUCGUAGUCCUGGUGGUUGCCAUGGCCGCGGUCAUGGUGGCCCUUCGGAUGAAAGCUGUCCUGGCUCUUCCAAACCUGGUCUGUUUCAGCGUCGUCACGGCCGCGCUCUUCUUCAGGUCCCUGGAGGCCCCCACCAACCCCUUCGCUCUGGCCUGCUUCUUCAGCCAGCUCAUCUGCGACCCCCUGCUGGACGUCUACUACAGCGGGCUGUCGGUGACGGAGCGCUGGCUUCCCUUGCUGCUGUGGGGCGGCCUGUGGCGCAAGCUCUCCCUGCUCCCCCUGCUGCUGGUGGAGGUGGGCUUCCUCGGCCUGGCCGCCGUGAAGCUGGCCGACCUGCACCAGUGGUACCUGAGGAUCCCGGCCUUCGUGGUGUGCGGUGUGUUCUGGGUCAUCUGCCAUGUGGUGUUUGUGAUCACCGUGUGGGGCUUCCACACCAAGCUGAGCGACUGCCAGAGGGUGAGCCUGGCCCAGGGGCCGGGGGGAGGCAGCCUGGAGAAGGUCAUGGCCUCCAAGGGAAUGAGGCACUUCUGCCUCAUUUCUCAUCGCCUGGUACUCUUCAGUCUGGUGUCGACCUCCAUCCUCGCAGUGUUGUCAUGGCAGUCCUCCAGCAGUAUCUUCAUGGGCAUGCUCCUACUGGUCCUGCCCCUGGAGUCUCUGUUCCAUGGGCUUUUCUACGAGCUGGGGAACUGCCUGGGUGGGACCUGCAUGGGCUACGCUGUGGUCAUCCCCACCAACUACUGCAGCCCCGACGGCCAGCCCACCCUGCUGCCCCCGGACCAGGUGCGGGAUUUGAACCUGCGCUCCACAGACAUGCUGAACACCAUGCAGCGCUUCUUCUCACAUCACAUGAUCGAGUCGUUUGGCUGCGACUACUCCACGAGUGGGCUGACCCUGGAGGCUCUGCAGGCCAAGAUCAAGGCCUUCCUGGAGGUCCGCACGGCCGACGGCCCCCGACACGACACCUACGUUCUGUUCUACAGUGGCCACACGCACCGGACUGGAGAGUGGGCACUGGCAGGAGGGGAGAGCCUGUCGCUGGACCGCAUCCUGGAGUGGUGGAAGGAGAAGAAUGGAACCGCAUGUUCCCGUCUCAUCCUGGUCCUGGACUGCGACAACGCCAUGCCCUGGGUGAAGGCUGUCCGGGGGGUGGAGGGGCUGUGGGUGGCAGUGCAGGGGGCAGAGCUCACCCGCUCCAGCGACCUGGAGCUGCAGGACUCUGCCCAGCUGGGGGCCUUCACCUCCCAAUGGGUGGAGUUCAACUGCAACCCCAACAGCGCCACCCAGUGGUCGGAGAGGGGUAGGACGGUCUCUGCCGCCUACGGAAUCUCCAAGGAAUGGAGCGACUACACGCUGCACCUGCCUACAGGAAGUGAUGUCACCAAUCAUUGGAGGAUGUACUUCCCACGGUUGACCUACCCUGUGGUGCAGAUGGCUCUGUGGUGCUCUGGUCUGAACCUGCUGUGGGUUUGCAACAUCUGCCUACGGUGCCUCAAAAGAGUCAAACUAAACUGGUUUCCCCCUGCUGUGCUAGACACGGGCCAGGGCUUCAAGUUGGUCAGAACCUAGAUUUAGGCUCUCUAAGAUUCAGCGAUGCUUUCCCCUUAUCGCUUGAGGUUGUACUCCGUAUUUAAAACUUUUUAUUCUCAGGGUAGUUUUCUAAAUAGUUUUCAGUAGUUGAAUCAAUGUAUAGUCUGAUUUUAUUCAACCUAAGUAGACAGUUGUGGAUUGUGAAUCAGUUACUGACAAAUAUAACGUUUAGAAUGAUUUAUAUUAAGUAACAGUGCUGUUGGAUUAAGAAUAUGUACACAUUUGAUAUACCAAAAUGGCGGUCUUCUUGGCACACAAAAAAUGUGGUUAUGACAUGUGACACAGACUUUUUUCUUCCUGCAUUCUUUGAUGUUGAACUUCCUUCUGCAAGCGUAAAUAGGCAGUGGAACUUCCUUAUAUGGGCUGGGGAGAGGAAGAGAAGAAGAAUGUUAUCUCUUUUAUUAUAAGUUUGAGAGAAAUUCUGCCAUUCGAACCAGAACUUUGCACUAGACCAUUUUCAAUCAGAUUCAAAAUUAAUAGAUUCUGUGCCUUCACACUAAAACCAAAAUAUAUAAAGUUAUUUUAGUCUUAUAAAAUACAUUAUGAAACUGAAAUGGAUAUUGAACUCAACCCCACCAACAAAUCUCAGGUUAUGACACGGUAUUAUCUAGAUUUAUAUAUUAGGAAAAAAAGAAGACUUGAUUUGUGGUUGGAUAUUUGUAUUUCAAGAGUUGGUUCUUACAAACCCUUUUUGUAUUCUGCUUUAUAUUCUGAACCACCGCAAGCCUUUGAGUCUCACUCCUGUUACUGAUGUGCUGUGCAUAUUCGUUCAUACUUUUUGGGGCAGGCCACAAUCACAAACAGUCCAGAGCAAUAGUUGUGACUGCCGAAACAAAUCAAUUGCACUAUCUGGAGGAAUGUGGGGUAUCGUCUGACAGGCCUUUGAUGUUUGACAAUGGUAUUUGGAGGAAAUAUACAUGCUCUAAUCAAAAUAUGUAUGGGUUGUGUAAAAUAUUUUAUAUUAAUAUUGGAAGAUGUCUUGACUAUGCAAUAAAAACUGACACUUGCUUGA